CCCACCAACCACCCACCAUGCAUCCUCCUCCAAAGUCGCUCCUCAUCCUCCUCCUCCACGCGGUCCUGCUCGCCGCCUCACCACAUGCGCUGGCGCAGCGGCUACCGGCGGCCGCCUGCACGCCGCAGGAGAGGGACGCGCUGCUGGCGUUCAAGCAAGGCAUCACCAUCAGCAGCGACACCGCUGGCCUCCUCGCCUCAUGGCGCGAAGACGACUGCUGCCAGUGGAGGGGUGUCCGGUGCAGCAACCGGACCGGCCAUGUCGUCGCGCUCAACCUUCGAGGGCACGAACUGGUCGGGGAAGUGCCUCCCCAUCUUGGCAACUUCUCCAAGCUGCACUAUCUGGAUCUAUCAAGCUAUGCAAAUGUGUACUCCGAGGAUAUCUCAUGGUUAAGACGGCUACCAUUUCUAAGGUUUCUCAGCCUGAUUUUCAUAGACCUGAGUACGGUGCCCGAUUGGGCUCAUGUGGUGAACGCCCUUCCUUUGAGGUCCCUUCAUCCUGAAGGUUGCUCGCUAACAAGUGCGAACCAAUCGCUCCCACACUCAAACCUUACUUCAACUCUUGAGGUGCUCAACCUCUCUGUCAACAAGUUUGACCACCCGGUCGCAUCUUGUUGGUUCUGGAACCUAACAAGACUCAAGCACCUCUACCUUGAUUAUAAUAAGGGUCUGUAUGGUCCGCUUCCUGAUGCACUGGGGGGCAUGGUAUCCUUGCAAGAAUUAUCCUUCUUAGGUAGUAGCCACAUGAUGAGCAUGGCCUCGGCGGAUUUGAAGAACCUAUGCAACUUGAGCGGAGAGGCUCCCACAAUGUUCCUCAGACAAAUUGCAGGAAUUGCACCUGAUGGGACAGGAACUCUAGCGAAUUGGAUGGGACACCGCACCAGCUUGGUCAUUCUUGAUCUCAGCGUAAACAACAUUACUGGACCUAUACCAAAAAUUAUAGGGCAAUUCAUAGAUCUGAAGGCUCUAUACCUCUCUGUCAACCACCUGACUGGACACCUGCCAUCUGAAAUUGGUACUCUCACUAAUUUGAGUUGUUUACAUCUUAGUCAGAAUCACUUGGAUGGUCUGGUUACAGAAGAACACUUCAAUGGUCUAAAAAGCUUAGAGCGCAUAAACUUAGCUGACAAUCAAUUGGAGAUUGUGGUGGGUUCAGAAUGGGUUCCUCCCUUUAGACUGCAAGAAGCUUAUUUUGCAUCUUGCCAGAUGGGUCCUCUAUUUCCUGCAUGGCUUAAGUGGCAAGUGGAUCUUACUUACCUUGACAUCUCAAGCGCAGGAAUAACCGGUCAAAUUCCACUGUCGGUAUGUGAAUUGAGCUUGUAUUCCUUGGAUUUGGCCAAUAAUCUUCUUGAAGGAGAACUUCCUCAAUGCUUCAGCACAAAAUUCCUGGGGUUUCUAUUGUUAAGUAACAAUAAAUUCUCGGGCAAGUUUCCACCAUUUCUGGAAAACUGUACAAUGCUGUCUUUUUUUGAUCUGGCACGGAACAGGUUCUCUGGAACAUUGCCAAUGUGGAUUGGGAACUUGGGGGAACUACAAUUUCUACGGCUGAGCAACAACAUGUUCCAUGGGCAUAUUCCGAAUACUAUCACAAGUCUCAGGAAACUUUAUCAUUUGAAUCUGGCGGCCAAUGGGAUAUCAGGUUCCAUACCUCACCAUCUAUCAAAUCUAAUAGCGAUGACAACGCCAUAUGUAGAGGUUCCUGGCACGGUCGUUGCAGGGUUCCAAGAUAUAGUCGGUGAUAUGCCAGUAAUCUUCAAGAGGCGAGAACUUAAAUACAAAGGUGUUGGUGUUUUGGAGAUAUCGAGCAUUGACUUCUCAUGCAAUCGUUUAACUGGUAAAAUUCCAGAGGAAAUAACAACUCUUGGUGGAUUGAUUAAUCUGAACUUGUCUUGGAAUCAAUUGAAUGGAGGAUUACCUAACAAGGUUGGGGGCAUGCAGGCGUUGGAGUCACUUGACUUCUCGAACAAUGAUAUUUUAGGAGGAAUCCCGUCAAGCUGGUCAAAUCUAACGUACUUGAGCAUUCUCGACCUGUCAUAUAAUCAUCCAGCAGGAAUAAUACCAUCAGGAGGUCAACUUGACACUCUUUACACGGAGAACCCAUCCAUAUACAAUGGCAACAUUGGCCUUUGUGGGCCUAUCCUUCAUAAAAGCUGCUCUGUCAACAAUAAUGCAUCACAUCCUGACCAUCAACAGAGAAGUCAAAAAGUUUCGGAGUCGACGUUGUUCUUUUACUUUGGACUUGGGUCAGGGUUUGUGGCUGGCCUCUGGGUUGUGUUCUGUGCUCUGCUCUUCAAGAAAGCAUGGAGGAUUGCUUAUUUCCGCUUCUUUGAUAAGGUUUAUGACAAAGCUUAUGUGUUUAUAGUUGUCACUUGGGGCAGGUUAGCCAGGAAAAGGUAACUAAAAUUCAAGUGCUAAAUUAAAUCAGCUUAUGACGAGUGUCGGUCUAUCAUAUGGGUUGUACGAAUAAAUGAAAGUGAAUAAUGCGUAUUAGAGACUUGUGCUAGUAUAUGCCUUUUUGUUUUCGGUAAACUUGUACUCCCUCCGUUAAUGGAGUAACAAUGAAUGUUGCAUGAUGCAUGCAACCGUUAUUGGUUUGUACUACUUGUGAGCCAUGAUGAACCCUAGCGAUUUUGUAGCAUAUAUGCAGCUAAUACUAGAAAAAGCCAUCAGGCAUAUGCCAGAAA